CACUGGGCAGGACCGUCUUCGUCCUGUCCAGCCCAAAGCCAGUCGACUUCAGCGUUGAUCGCCCCCGGCGUACAAUGCAAGCCAGUAGUCCGCCACAAUCCACACCCACGGAGCAAAUUGUGCCACGGCUUCCACUGGGUUCCUUACCCACUCGGCCUCCUCUUAUUCGACUCUUGGUCCAAGCUUCAUCACGGACCAGAGCACGCUCAGUCUUACUCAUUUCCAUGUCCAGCGUGUUUGACCCCGCGAAAGCUUACUGCUCACACACGCAAGCUGUUCCUUGUUGCUGAGCGCUUGUCACGAGAUGAUGGCAUUGCGUCGGUUCACGACAAGAGGCUGAAUGAGGAGCUGGACUGGGCGGUGAGGUACGAGCUGGUACGAGCUGGGUAUGUUGGAUCCCUUCAUCGAGGAUCCGCAGCAGCUGCCGGGCGGAAAGCAUAGCCGGAUAAACGGCUUCCACCCCUACGCGAACGAGCACGAGAUGACGCUUGCGUUCAAAUACAUCUUCACGACUGAAGACAUCGCCGAGACGACCUCGUCGCUCUGGAUCGGAACGCAGCUUGACUUCCAGGCAAUGCUCGCGGGUGAUGAGCAGCAAACACCACCGAAAAAACCACGCUUGCAGGAAGACGGCCUGAAGAUACUGGACAGCAGGAGCAGGCCCGUUCGCUCCAAGACACCAGAAGCGACAAUCCAUCUUACGGACUUGCCACCACCACCAUCCAAGAGCAAGGCAACAGGAGGGCUACCAACACCGCCCGACCGAUACGAGUCAGUGGCAGUGGCAGCACCGCCCAGCCAGCCACCGUUCGUCGAUUACAAAAGACGCAGUGUGAGCUACACGACGCUACAGGACGUCUACGGCUUGCUUGAUAGGAUCGAGCGAACAUCGUACGUCGGCGCGCUGUUCCUGGAGGCAUACGCAGAACGGCUGAGGGAUGAUUAUUGCAAAGCUUGUUGGUUGAAGAGGAACGUCAACCUCGAUUGGCAUUGAGCCUGCGAUAAAUCAGUGGUCAGCAUUCCACGCGAUUGCACUAUGAAGUCGGCCCUACUCUUCAACAACAGAUGCAGCACAUUCCUCAGCCGACUCCUCUCCG